CGUUCUUUUAUUGUGAAGAAAGCGUCCCGGAAGUGUACUAGUCAAUGUAGCCCGAUUUGAAUAGCCAGGCGAGCCAAGAUGGCAGAAUACCUGGCGUCCAUUUUUGGGACAGAGAAAGAUAAAGUCAAUUGUUCGUUUUACUUUAAAAUUGGUGCCUGCCGACAUGGCGACCGCUGCUCCAGAUUACACAACAAGCCAACAUUUAGCCAGACAAUUGCCCUGCUGAAUAUUUACAGGAACCCUCAGAACAGCGCUCAGUCUUUGGAUGGAUUAACCUGUACCGUCAGCGACAUGGAGAUGCAGGAGCACUAUGAUGAGUUCUUUGAGGAAGUCUUCACAGAGAUGGAAGAAAAAUACGGAGAAGUGGAGGAAAUGAACGUUUGUGACAACCUUGGGGACCAUCUUGUGGGAAAUGUUUAUGUGAAGUUCCGUAAUGAGGAGGAUGCUGAGAAGGCUGUAAUCGACUUGAACAAUCGAUGGUUCAACGGGCAGCCGAUCCACGCGGAGCUCUCUCCCGUCACAGACUUCAGAGAGGCCUGCUGUCGCCAGUAUGAGAUGGGGGAAUGCACUCGUGGAGGUUUCUGUAACUUCAUGCAUCUGAAACCAAUCUCACGUGAACUCAGGAGAGAGCUCUAUGGACGCCGCAGGAAGGGCCGCCACCGGUCUCGGUCUCGAUCCAGAGACCGGGACAGAGGCCGCGGAGGAGGUGGAGGUGGAGGAGGAGGAGGAGGAGGAGGCGGCCGUAACCAUGAGCGGCGUCGGUCCAGAGACAGAGAGCGUUCAGGACGAUUUUGAGCCACAAGCAUCGACCACUCAACUCUCCAUCCCUGAAUCCAUCACUGUGUUAUUUUUUGUUUUUUUUUUAGUUUGUACCCUGCCUCAUUUGGAUUUAUUACAAGGCAGCAGGUUUUCAAGAUUUGUGAAAAUAAGUUUCACCUCAUUAAAUUUAAAGUUUCUACUCAAAAA